ACACUUUGUGCCGAAAGAAUUUCGUAGAAUUUUAAGUCAUUCCAACAAACAGACGAACACGAAACAUUUGAUUGAAAUUCAUACAUCAUUUGGCAAUCUCAAGAUGGACAAGAUAAUGAUUUGCAUCAUUGGAUCCGGAAACUGGGCAACGACUAUAGCCCGCAAUGUGGGCAGAAACGUGAUGAACUCGCAGACACUGGACGAAAAGGUGCCCAUGUACGUUUAUGAGGAAAUCGUUGAGGGUCGCAAGCUCACGGAAAUCAUCAACACCACCCACAUAAAUACCAAGUACAUGCCGAACUUUGAACUGCCGCCAAAUAUUGUGGCCGUGGAUGAUAUUGUGACCACGGCUAGAGAUGCAGACAUCAUAAUAUUCGCCAUUCCGCCGACUUUCGUGAGCAGCUGCUGCAAAACACUGCUCGGGAAAGUGAAGCCCACGGCCCAUGCAGUGUCCUUGAUCAAAGGAUUCGAGCGCGGCGACGAUGGGCAGUUCGUACUGAUUUCCCAGAUUAUAAUGCGGCAGCUAAAGAUUCCUUGCUCCGUCCUGGUGGGCUGCAACUUGGCCCAUGAGCUGGCCCACGACCACUUUGCCGAGGGCACCGUGGGUUGUCGGGAUCAGAAGUACUAUAGGGUGCUCCACGACAUAUUCAGGUCGCCCACAUUCCGAGUGGUGGUCACCGAGGAUGCAGAUUGCGUGGAGAUCUGUUCCACUCUACGGAAUAUCAUUGCCUUUGCGGCUGGCUGCUCAGAUGGAAUGGAGCUGAACGAGAACACCAAGGGCGGAAUCAUUAGGAGAGGAUUCCUGGAGAUGCUCCAGUUUGUGGAUGUUUUCUAUCCCGGCUGCCGCAUGGGAACCUUCUUUGAGUCCUGCGGAAUAUCCGAUUUGGUUACUAGUUGUUAUGCAAAUCGCAAUCGCAAGUUGGCCGAAGCUUUUGUGAAGACAGGCAAGCCAUUGAGCGAACUGGAGCACAUCCUUAUACCGGGACACGAGCCACUGGGUCCGGUGACAGCGGAGCUGGUGCAUCAUAUGCUCAAGAAGAAGGGCUUGGAGGACAAAUUUCCCCUCUUUACAACCGUGUACAGGAUCUGCACUGGCGACUAUCCACUGCAGCGGCUGGUCGAAACCCUGAUUAAGGCGCGCGAGGAUAUCUUUCACCCGCUCCAUACUUUUCAAUUGUAAAGCCGGACUCGUCGUUUGAGGUGUAAUAAGUUUUAAAUAAAAUCAUACAGCAUUGAAAUUCGCAUUCUUACUGCUUAGACAGCCAAAUGGAGCACAUUAAACCGGGUUUUGUCUGGGAUAUGCACUACGCAUAUAAACGAUUUGUUCGAACAAAGGCCCUCAGCGUUUGUAUUGUGCGUCUUUUCUUGCUGCAGUUCAAGUGCUCCUUGGCGAAGAGAGUGCACUCCAUUGAAUGCACCAACGCUCCCAGAUGCAGCACAACGAAAAACAACGGAAAUCACUUCAGUCGGGGAUCCGGAUCCGGAUGAAUGGAAAAGAAAGCCGCCCGUUUUUCCAUCUCAUUGUUUUCCAUGGCUCAACUAUAAAUUUAUGUGUGUUUCUCGGUGUCCGGUAGUGAGUUUUUUUUUUCCUCGUUUUUUUCUGCUUUCACCAUUGUUUUGAGGCUGAAGUGCUUUUCAAUCGGAAUUGAGGAAAUGGGAGCAACCACUGGAGGACUAGUCGAAAUCUCGAGAUCUAGAGUUCACUGAACCAUAUGUCAAACCAAGCACGUGUGUCACCACAGCCCAUUCGGUCAGUAAGCCAGCAUAACCAGCAUCGAUAAGACCUAUAUUUCUACAAAAAAAAAUAUUUCAAAAAAAAUAACCAGCAUCGAUAAGAUCUAUAUUUCUACAAAAAAAAAGAUUUCAAAAAAAAUAACCAGCAUCGAUAAGAUCUAUAUUUCUACAGAAAAAAAAGAUUUCAAAAAAAAUGGAUACCUUUUCGUUUACCAACUUUCGAAAAUGUCUAGGAAAGCAGGCAUCUUUCACCUACCUGCUGGCUGUGGCAGCACUUAUUCUACUUUCGGCAUGGAUAUUUUACAAACAACCAGAGGCACCAGUGCAUUGCCAGCCAGAACCAAGAUUAUGGCAAUUAGGAAAGCAGAUUUAUGACUUUUUCUUGAAGGACGAAAUGCCUAAAAUGGAGCCAAGAGCCAACAUUAGGAACAACAUGUGGGAUUUGCUCAAGAAAUUGUACAACGGUUACUAAAGAUGAUCUCGAACUAUGUGACCAUUGCCGGAUUCCCUGUGGGCCAACAAUUUAAUCUGUUCGUGGUCCAAUUCAGUUGAGUUCCAAGUCAAUUUUGAAUUUGUUAUUUAAUAAAUGAUUUAUGCAAUUCA